ACGUCACCUAAACAUGGCUUCUGUGAAGCGUUGAGAGAAAUAACAGAUGUAAAUAGUGUCGUGGUAACGUUCCCCAUUGAUUCAGUAUACUAUUGUGCGGGAAAUGGAAAACAUAUAUCACCACGCUUCGUCAGAAACCCAGCAACAUCUUGCCUACAAUGGUGGCUAUCUGGAAACACCGUACACCGCUAACAACGUUAACAUGCCUCUGCCGGGAAGCGCGGCUCAUGAACCGACACAGCCGGACCACAAUGCUUCACCGUGGACAUCUGCACGGGGAUAUGACGGUCACGCGUAUGGAUUUAUGUGCGAUUUCCCCGCGCCUCCUCCCGGAGGAGGAGGGGGUUUCGGAGGUCCUCGCAUGCCCUUUCCUUAUGGAUUUGACCCCUCCGUCCCCCCUCCUCCUUUCGGCUGUCCACCACCCGGACACUUCCCUAACGUGGUGAACACCGCUCCGAUAAACACAUACAGCAGCAGGGGAGCUUCAACCGUUCAAACAUUUACCGUCACCCAGCGGUUUGGACCUCAGACUACCCGGUAUGACUUGGACUCUAGUCAGAAACAACAGCACGAAUAUGAGGGUUUCUCUGAGAGGGCUGCUCUGUAUCCUCCGCAGGGGAAGGACCAUGACAGGAGUCCGCGGACAGCCACACGGCCUGAGGAUGAAACAGCCCUUCAAAGGAGGCAGGAUCAACAGUGGCUCGGACGUUUCUUAAAAGGCAGAGAGAAGAGCCCACAGAGCCCACAGACCCCGCGGCAGCCACCACCCCACAGCUGCGCUCCGGCUCCGGGGCUCAGAGAGGCUCUGUACUCUGCAGCUCGGCUCGUCUCCCAGCUGACACGGUCCUGCGAAACUUUGAGGAACAACGUGGAGAAUGAGUGUGUUUGGGCGGACUCUUAUGUAAUGGCUCUAAAUGUGAAAAGAGAGCUACAGGACAGUCUCAGAGUCCUCGGUGACAGUGAGCGUUUAGGGAGCUGGAAAGCUAAACUGUCCCGUGUUUCUAAGAGGAGGGCCCGGCGACUGAGAGCCAGGACACUGCUCCAGGUGGAGGACAAAGAGAGAGAGGACCUCAUCACUGAGAAAGAGGCUGCCAUAAAUACAUGGAGGUUGCAGCAGAUACGCCAAGUGGAGGAGAAGAAGAAGGAGCGUGAGCUGAAACUGGCGGCAGACUCUGUGCUCUGUGAGGUGAGGAAGAAGCAGGCAGACGUGAAGAGGAUGCAGGACAUCCUGAGAUCUCUGGAGAAACUGCGCAGACUGAGGAAAGAGGCGGCAUCGAGGAAAGGUAUCGUGACUGAGCGAGAAUGUGAUGAGGCGUUCGGCAGCAGACUGGAGCAGCUGAGGUGUGUGAUGAAGAAGAGGACCGGCGUUUACUCAGCAGAGGAGAAAGCUCUGAUGGUGAUGCUGGAAGGAGAGCAGGAGGAGGAGAGGAGGAGAGAGCAGGAGAAACACGUGAAGAAGGAGCGAGAGAGACAGCUGCAGAGGAAACACAGAGUGGACGCCAUGUUGUUUGGAGAUAAGCUUCCUGCUGAUUGUGUUUUGGAGCCCUUCAGAGAGUAUUACACCCAGGCCGAGCGCUCACUGCACGCUUUACUACAGAUCAGGAGAGAGUGGGAUACUUUUGUGGUUCUGGCGGAUCAUCCUGACAGCUCUCCGGUUCCUCACAGCUGGAUCCUACCGGACGCCCCGUCAGACCAGGCCUGGGCCUCUGCUCUACACAUUGCUGAUACUGAGUGAGAUACUAACCAGCGUUUGACAUCAACACUCAAACCUACACUGCAGGUGUCUGUGGAAGCACUGCGAGUAUCACCCCAGCUGAAGAAGACAUGUACAUCUGAUGUAAAGAAGUUAAACAAAAGGACUGUUUGUUGGAACUUAACUUAUAAGACAAUGAGCUAAUCACUGGUGUGAACUUUGAAAUAUUUUUCAUGUGAAGUGCAGCUGUCAGACUCUUUAUGUUAGAUUGAAUAAAAGAUGAGUGAUGAGGUCA